CGCAUGUGUGAGGGUUGUUGUCUCGUGCAUAAAUCUAGUGUAGAAAAUAAUUCAAAAUUAGAUUUAUAGAUGACUUACCUUGUUUACGUUUUGCUAGCAGGCAGAUUUGGUCGAGCGCUUUUAGAGAAUGCCAACAGCAAUAACGUAAUUUCAUUGACGUUUUGCUUCUUAUAUUUUUAAAGCUAAUCAAGUCGACGGCGAGGAUUUUUUCAAUUUAGAACCACAUGAUAUUUAUCAGAUGAUUCCUCGAAUAAAACUUCACAAGAAGUUUACGUGUAUUUGGAAUGACGUUACUCAAAAGCUGAAAGCAGAGUUAGGACAUAUUUUGGAGAAGAGUGAUGUUGUGCAAGACAUGAAGGAAAGAUGGAAUUUGCACAAAUAUAAAAUGCUGUCUGUUAUUAAAAAGACAAAGCAAAAGAAUGUCAGCAGUAUCCUUGAAGAGCUGGAGGAUUGUCCAGUUGAAGAUGAGAAAGAGGUCAAGAACUGCUGUAUAAUGGCAUGUUUGCCUUAUGUGUUAGAUGACCAAUGCACCCAUCGAGAUAUGAACAAAAAGCUAUUUUGGGACAUUGUUGAUGUAAGAGUUGAUAUUGUCACAAAUAAUAUUUUCUGCAUAAAUGUGUGAAAAAAUUGAUAAAUAAUUUUAUCUCUGUUGAAGGGUAAAAGCUUGGGGGAAGUUCAAGAGAUCAUUAACAAAAGUUCGUCUCCUAGACUCCUAUCAACAGGAACAUUAA